AACACACUACCACACUAACAGUAGCAUUAAAGGCUCCUCUUCCCUCCUACCCUCAAUCUCUCUCUCCAUCUCUCUCUCAACCAAAUUCUAAAUCCUCUGAAACGAAACUAUCAUUUCAGAUUUAGUCUCUCUUCCUCUCUCUGUGGCGCUCCAUUUCUUGGUCUCGCCGCAACUCAGCGAGUCACACUUCAUAGAGUGUGCAGAGUCUGCGCUUGGACAUGGAUUUGUAGAUCUUCAGCGCAAUUUAUGGAUCUGCAGCACCGCACGCGGCAUUGUUCUCCUUUUUUGUCUCUCUCCUAGGGUUUUCCGGUUUACUACACACCUUUUGCUGUUUACUCUUAGCUAUGCAUUCUCUGAAUGUGACUCCACAAUGCCAUGGAGAGGCUUGCUGGAACCCUAGCAACUUCCGGUGCUUUCUUGAUCAAGCUGCUGUUCAGCUUCAAGCAAGGUUGGAUUCAAUGACUGCACCAUUCACUCAAUCACAGCCACCUCAGAUGCACAUGUUUAAUCCCUCUGUUGCACCUGCACUUCCUCCAGCUUAUCAGGCUUCUGCCUCUGGUCCUCACGGCGUUCCCUUACCAAGGCAUCAUGGUCAUCAUCAUCAUCGUCACCGUGUGAAACCUGUUGUGGUUACUCCCUCUCCUUCCAAAGACCAAAGUUGUGAUCAAGUUUGCAUCGAGCCACUUACGGCAGCUCCUUUUGGCUCACCGUGUGGUUGUGUUUUUCCUAUGAAAGUCAGACUUCUUUUAGAUGUGGCUCCCUAUUCUAUAUUUCCUGUAAUGGAUCAGCUAGAGAUUGAAGUAGCAGCAGGUACAUAUUUGGAACAAAGUCAAGUGAAAAUAAUGGGUGCCAGUGCUGAUAGUCAAAACCAGGGGAAAACUGUAGUUGAUAUUAACUUGGUUCCACUGGGAGAUAAGUUUGAUAAUACCACUGCAAUACUAACAUAUGAGAGAUUAUGGCAUAAGAAGGUACCUCUAAAUAAGACGCUUUUUGGUGAUUAUGAAGUGUUAUCAAUUAGUUAUCCAGCAGGGAUUCCUUCUUCACCACCAUACCCAAAUUACAUGGGGAGUGGUCCUAGUGGAAGUGCUGGAGAUCUUCCCAUCAGUGCACAUUUUGUGAGCAAGAGCCAGAAGAUGAAUCUUAGGACCAUUGCAAUAAUUGCUUUAUCAGCAUUUGUGGUCUUACUGGUUUUCAUUGGGGCUGUCUUCAUCUUUAUAAGAUGGAGAAACUUUGGAAGACCAUCGAGUGCAGUUGGUCCUACAUUCACCUCAUCCAUAAAUAAAAGAUCUGGCAUUGGGUCUUUCUUGUCGGGCAGUAUUGCAAGCUCAACAUCAAUGUCUCUCAUGUCAACCAUGGCUACUUGUAUGCUUUCUGUUAAAACAUUUUCAUACACUGAACUUGAGAAAGCAACAGAGAAGUUCAGUUCAAAGAGGAUUUUGGGUGAAGGGGGGUUUGGGCGUGUUUACUGUGGGAUUAUGGAAGAUGGAAGUGAGGCUGCAGUUAAGGUGCUUACACGGGAUAAUCAGAAUGGAGACCGUGAAUUUAUUGCAGAAGUUGAGAUGUUAAGUAGAUUGCAUCACCGCAAUCUUGUGAAAUUGAUUGGUAUAUGCAUAGAAGGACGCACUCGGUGUUUGGUCUAUGAACUUGUUCCCAAUGGCAGUGUUGAGUCCCACUUGCAUGGCUUUGACAAGAGAAGUGGACCUCUUGACUGGGAUGCACGGUUAAAAAUUGCCCUUGGAGCAGCUAGAGGAUUGGCCUAUCUUCAUGAAGAUUCUAACCCUCGUGUAAUUCAUCGAGAUUUCAAGGCCAGCAAUGUCUUACUAGAAGAGGACUUCACUCCCAAGGUCUCUGAUUUUGGCCUGGCAAGGGAAGCAACUGAAGGAAGUCAUCAUAUUUCUACUAGGGUCAUGGGGACUUUUGGGUACGUUGCCCCGGAAUAUGCAAUGACAGGGCAUCUGCUUGUCAAGAGUGAUGUUUACAGUUAUGGGGUUGUGUUGCUUGAGCUUCUAUCUGGAAGAAAACCUGUGGACAUGUCCCAACGUCCUGGAGAGGAAAAUUUGGUAACUUGGGCACGUCCCUUGCUAAGCAGUAGAGAAGGAUUGGAGCAGUUGGUCGAUCCUUCCUUGGCGGGAACUUAUGACUUUGAUGACAUGGCUAAGGUGGCAGCUAUUGCUUCAAUGUGUGUUCAUCCAGAGGUGACUAACAGACCCUUUAUGGGUGAAGUAGUUCAGGCUCUCAAGCUAAUAUACAACGACAUGGAUGAGACUUGUGGAGACUACUGUAGUCAAAAGGAUUCUUCUGCUCUGGAUUCUGACAUUAAGGGUGAUCUUGCUCCUUCUGAUAGUAGUUGGUGGAAUGCUGCUGGGGUCUCCCCUCGAAUAACUUAUGGACAAGCCUCUUCUUUCAUCACAAUGGAUUACAGUUCAGGUCCACUUGAUGAGACAGAAAACAGACCGUUUUCAGCUUCAAGUUUGUUUGGGGAUCGGUUGUCUUUAGCUGUUAAGCAGGAAAACAGAUCAGGUCCCUUGAGAACAGUACGAAGUAAACCAGCUUUCUAUAGAUUAAGAGGGAGCAUGAGCGAGCAUGGUGGGCUCCUUUCAAGGCGGACAUCGAAUGAUGGAUAUUGGGUAUGAGGUUACAUUCGAGAGUGGUUGCAAAGUGUACAGUUCCCAGGACCGGGCUUUUCUAAGCGGUCUUGAUUGGUGUAGUUUAGCUGGUUGGGAUCUUAUGUUGCUUUACAUGCUUUUCCUUCUGAUUUUGAAAAUCUUGAUUCAUUAAUACACGAAAUUGGAAAAUGUAAGAUCAACACUUCUUUGUGUUGUAUAUCUGUUUCAUUGUUUCCUAAGGCCUGCUGCUUGUAUCAAUCGUUGCAGUGCGACUUUGGCUCCACUUAUUUAGCUGGAAUCAAUUCUAAUUGUUGACAGCUACCUUAUUUCA